CAUUAUUUAGGGAAAGGGCUCUCAUAUGAGUUUAUUUCUUUUAUUUCUGUUUGUCUAUCUUAGCUCUUAAAAAUACGCAAUUUGUAAAAUUUUGCAAAAAAAAAAAAAAGAAAAAAAAAAAAAACUCCGUAUUAAAUUAAUUUUAAAGAAUUAAAAAAGUAAUACAUCAGUCUUCACACUACACUUAGCUUAGUACCACUGGUAGUUUACUGUAACACUGUAAGAACCCAUUAAACACUGCUUCUUUAAGCCAAGCUAAGAAUCUUUUUCUGCUACUUUUCCCUCAUUUUCUUCUUUGUUUUCACUGUUGUUUUUUCUCCAGUUUUUUGAGUUUUCUCUCUCCAAAAUCAGAGCUUUCUCUCUCUUAAAACUGAGCUUUUUCUCUUGAAAAGUGAAAACCCAUCUCUUAAAUUCUUCCCCCAUUAAUACCCUUUUCUGCAAUCCUGUUUAAAAAGCUAAAACCCUUGUAUAAAAGUAGAAGAAAAAAAGGGUUGAGUUGUUCUUUACCCAUUUUCAAUCUGCGCCGCUUCGGCCGCCGCCAACUCUUAGAUUGUUGAUUGUUAAAGGCAGCUAGCUCUCCCUAAAAUGUACCCAUCAAGUGACGGCGGCCAGCUGGGUGGAGUUAUACAGAAGAACAGGAAAUGUAGAGACAUAGUGUUCCUUGUCAUCUUCGUAGUAUUCUGGAUUGCCAUGAUUGUCAAUUCAAGUUUUGGGUUCAACAAAGGUAACCCAAAAAGGUUAGUCUAUGGUUUGGACUAUGAGGGAAAUCUAUGUGGUGACAAAGAUGCCCAUCGAAAUCUCCGUGAACUAGAACUCAGAUAUUGGGUAAACCCUAACCAGGUGCAUGAAAGUGGAUUAAAGAACUCCGCGUUCAAGCUGGCAGAUGCAAGGAGCAUUUGUUUGUUGGAUUGCCCUAUUCCAGCUGAAGAUUCCCUUAACUGGGUCUGUGAUUACCCUGAUGGAGAUAUACAUCUCACUUUAGAUGAAUGGAUUGACAGGAACUAUGAUUAUUUUGAGUUCCUUACCCCAGAUAUGAGAAACAGUUCACUUCAACUUCAAGGGCCUUGUUACCCUGUCAUAUUUCCCAGUGUUAAUGUUUUCUGGAGCUGCCAAUUUAUUGCUCGUCCAUCAAACAUGUCUUUACGGCAUUGGCAGCAGAUGGGGGGAGUAAACAUCAACGAGGGACUUGAAAUUGACAAGUCAAUUCACAAAACAAUGAACUCACGAUCUGCUGUCGUAAAGAGGUACAUGGCUGACAUUGGAAAGUCAUGGUUUGUACUCCUUGUUUGUGGUGGGCUCCUGCCACUUUUCUUGUCAGGGAUUUGGCUGCUGUUGAUCCGGUAUCUUGUGUCUGGGAUGCCAUGGAUUACAGUUGUACUUUUCAACAUUCUCGUAGUAUCAGUUACUAUGCUUUUUUAUCUUAAAGCUGGAUGGAUUGGAAAUGAUGCUGUUACACCCAUUGUUGGCGUUCAUGACCCAUAUGUUCAUGUAUAUGGAAGGGAGUUGACUCACCUUCGUGUUGCUGCAAUUUUGAUGACUGCCAUUAUGGGAAUGGCCAUCCUGGCAUCAAUUGCCAUAGUUAGACGCAUCCUUAUGGCAACGUCAGUCCUAAAGGUUGCUGCAAAAGUUAUAAGGGAAGUUCGAUUUUUAAUGACCUUUCCAGUCAUACCAUAUGCCAUACUUGGCAUCUUUUACAUGAUAUGGGUAUCUGCUGCUUUGCAUAUAUUCAGUUCUGGCGAGGUUCAUCAGAAUAACUGCGAAUCCAACUGUUGUGCUUACAACCUUAGUUCAAGCCGGGUCAGCUGUGAGCGCUGUUGUGGUUAUAGCAUUCAUUAUACCCCUCACAUAGGAAUCUCCAUCCUCUUUCACUUGUUUGGUGGUUAUUGGGCAACACAUUUCUUUAUAGCAUGUUCAUCCACUGUCAUUGCGGGUUCUGUUGCUUCUUAUUAUUGGACUCGUGGUGAUUCAUCGCCGAGAAUCCCAUUUUUACCUGUUUUUGCCUCAAUGAAAAGGCUAGUCCGAUACAACUUGGGUUCUGUUGCUGUUGGCUCUUUGGUUCUAUCUUUUGUGGAGUCAAUCCGCUUUAUACUAGAGGCAAUUCGACGCAAGCUGAAGGUUUCCUAUACUACGCCAGAUAAUUGGUUUGGGAAGAUAGUCCAUAAUUCUUCCAAUUGUUGCUUAAAGUGCGUUGAGUGGACCAUCAAGUCAGUGAAUCGUAAUGCCUAUAUAAUGAUUGCCAUUACAGGUAAAAGCUUCUUCAAGUCUUCCGCUAUUGCAACGGAGUUGAUUAUGAAUAAUAUACUGAGGAUAGGGAAGGUUAAUGUUGUCGGAGAUGUCAUUCUGUCUCUUGGAAAAUUAUGUGUUAGCUUAUCAAGCGCCAUGUUUGCAUUCCUCAUGUUGGAUACUUACGACUACAAGUCUGCCCAUAAGAAGAUUACUUCUCCUUUGUUCCCAGUGCUGGCAUGUUGGAUCCUGGGUUAUGUUGUUGCGACGCUGUUCUUUGGCGUGGUUGAGAUGUCCAUCGAUAGUAUUAUUCUGUCAUUUUGCCAGGAUGCUGAGGAAAACCAAGGGACUGCUCAGUAUGCACCCCCCCUUCUGCUUGAGACUCUUACAGACAAAAACGAGACCCAAAGACUUACAAAUUGAUCAUCUGGUUUUUCUCAAGAAUUUUGAAGCAUGAAGCAUGUUAUGUAUUAGUUGUAAAUAUAGUUAGAAAUUUUUUCUUUUACACUUUUAAACAUUUAUCCAUCACUUGUUCAAACAUAUGUUGAAUUUAUUAGAAAAGCAACUCCUUAGUUAA